UUCGUUCCACGCUCUCCGCGGGAUUUUUUUUUAUGAAUAUUUAAGAUUCGAUUGAUACAUCGAAUCACGAAUCUGUUAUUUUUUGCCUUUGAGGAAAGUGUUGCAUUUACAGGAUGGCGGUGUGAAUACGUGUAAUCUACAAUGGUGUUAAUAAUACUUUGCGUUGGAAGUACUGGAUUCGAUGCACGGGAAUCGAAACGUGGAAUCGAGUUCGUUGUGUAAUCAACGAAUCGAUUCCUCUGCCCGAUUAACUUGGAAGCUCGAACUGCAAAUUAUCCGCAGCGCAGCGACCGUCAAAGGGCAGCGGUCGUAGCGACAGCGACAACAGCAGCAGCGAUAAACAACAGCAGCAGCUUCAGCGGCAGCGAUAAACAAUAGCAGCUUUAGCGGCAGCAGCUUUAGCGGCAGCGAGCACCACACGAGGAGGAGGCGUGCGAGGCAGGUGGCAACACCCCCCAGCUACUCCCACGUGGCCGUCAGCAUGAGCGAGCCGGACGCCGUGUCUGCGGAGACGGGGAGGGCGGCUCCCCGGCGCUCCGUCGACUCCCCCAUGCGACGCAUGGUGAAGAAUUGCUUCGCGUGCCGAAUCGUGUCGGGCACGGGGCUCAUCGCGGCCGGGGCCUACGUCUACAUGUUCGGGCGCCGCGCCAUCAAGAGCAGCCCCGUAGUCGGGUUCGGCUCCAUCACCCAACUCGCCUUCGGCUGCGGUCUCUUCGCCAUGGGGGUGGUGAUUCUCGUGGACCCUGUGGACAAGAUGAUCAUCACAGAGAGGCCCAAGAGCAAUUGACGCAACCUCCUUGCGCGAAACAACUUGCACCUGCCCAGCGUCCUUGCUGCACGGGAUGGUGACUCAGCAUUUCUGCCAGACAGUGGCAUCCCAAGUUGCUGGGAAAGCAGUGACGUUAAGUGAACUGUAAAAUAAACUGUCGGUGCAAGUCACAUGUAGGCAGGUGAGGAAUGUCCGCCUGGUGGAUUGCUGCUUAUGCUUGAUUUCCUGUUGGCUCAGCCCGAGACGCAGCGAUACACCAGACUUGUGGCCUUUCUCCAACUUGUGAAUUAUAUCCCCAUGUGUUCUCGUUACGUGAUGGGGUGCUUAACGACUGUUUGUGGUCAGUGGUUUCAUGCGAGGCUGAAUAUUUUCUCUGCUAUCGAAUCUGGUGGCUCCCAUCACUGCUGUCACCAAUGCUGCCAUCCUUUAUUUUCUGCCGACUCCUUGUCCCUGUUCUGGUCUAGAGUCGAGCCCAAUCUCUUUUUCUUUGCCUGUGGCUGUUGAGUAUGUAAAAUAAAUAAGUGCCGUUUUCCACGGAUGCCGAUGUCCA